ACUCCAUUGCAAAAUGGCGUCUAUACCCACCCUGAUCCAGCAAGUGGUUGCUGUCCUGUAGAAAUCAACUCACUUCAAACUUUCCUGGCACUUUUUCCUCCCCUCCAUCUGCCCCACGAUCGAUCUACACCAACUUUAUCCCAACAAUUUUACCUCUUAUUCCUACAAUUAUCCCUUUUAAUCAACAAUAACAACCACCAAGCACCUGCAAAGCAACAAAUUCGGAUUAUUAUCUUUCUUUUUUUUAAUUUAUAAUUGAUUUUCUUUUCUACUUUUGCACAUUUCCAUUCCCAAUUAUCUCCAUCCAGGCGGAUUAAUUAAUCAAGAUGAACUUUCUUCUGGCGAUUUCUGUACCUCUAACGACUUUCUUAUUGUUGUUGUUUUAUGUUCCAGUUGUGAAAUCUCAAGCAGUGACAUUCUCCAUCUCUUCUUCUGCCAAAAUUGGUGAUUCUGCUCAGUUCUUCUGCAAUGCCACCACCACAGUACUUCAGUACAAUGCUAUUUUCAUACAUAAUGACAACCAGAUUGCUAAAGCCUUUACUCCUGUUGUUUCACGUCCAAGUAGUCCCAACACUUCAGUCACUGGUUCAGGCAACCGGUAUUACUAUAAGUAUACGAUCAGUUCUUUGUCUUGCUCUGACCGAGGGAAUUACAAGUGUGAGGUGGCGAAUGAAAAUGCUGCUGCAUUGAAGAGUAACAGUGAGACACUUGAUGUUCUGGGUCCAGCUGGAACUCCCAAUCUGACGGCUCCUUCUGAUAAUCAAAUUCUCAAUGACAAUGUCACCGUUUCUUGCGAGAGUAACGUUGGAAGCCCUGCACAGGAAUUACACCUUUGUGUUGGCAAUACCUGUGCUAAACCAAACCCACCAGUUAAACAGGUCGAUCAGUGCAUUUUCACACAAACUGCAAGCCUAACAUUUCAAGUCACCAAGACAACCAAGACGGCUACAUGUAGAGUGGGGUCAAGUUCUUUGGAAGAUAAACAAACCUGGGAAGUUGACUAUCCCGUUGAUGCCAUCAGACUAAUUCCAGAUGUCACAGAAUGGAGACUGGUUCGUGGCACCAAAACAACAUUUGAGUGUGUAGCACUCGGCAACCCUGACCCCACAACCAUGUGGGAGUUCUUCCCAGAGACAUCUCAAACUAGCAGGAUAUCUUGGGGUAGAACUAUGGAACUGGACCCUGACACAAGUGGGGUGUAUGUGUGUACGGCUAACAACACGGUUGGCGGAAUCUCCUACAACUUGACCAAGACUUUGACCGUUACUGUCUAUGUUCCCACAACAACAGUGCCACCAUCAACAACUAAAGAACCGUCGACAACUCCUAGCACCACCACAAAGAAAGCAGGUGCCCCUGCUGCCGCUUCUACAGAUAAAAACAAGAUUAUUAUUGGCAGUAUCGUCCCCAUAUUAAUCAUCAUCAUCAUUGUGAUUAUUGUUAUCAUUCUGUACAAACGGAGAGCGAAACCAACAGAAAUUGAAGAACCUCCAGAAAAACCACGGAACAAUCACAGUGAAGUUAAUAUGAUGAACACAAAACCAGACCUUGUCCAUUCUACUGGAAUGGAAAAGAAAGUACCUAUGUACAACAAUGGAUUUGACCAUGGAGGCGAAGACGACCUAAGUUCCAUGGAAGUUACGUUUGAUGACAAACCUCGCAGCAGGAAACCAGUGAUUCCAAUCUCCAGUUCUGACACCUACAACACAACAUUACCCUGUGUCUAGUGAGGAGAGAUGUCCUUCUUAUCUCCAUUUCUUUUUAUCUCUCUAGCUAGCUAGCUACCUCUCACUAUUCUAUAACGAUGUAAUUACCUUCCAGAGGUGAUGCCAUUUUCUCUGUAAAAUAUUCUCUCUUAACUGCUGCAUCUCAUACAUUUUUUCCCCAUACACACACACACACGCGUAUCUCUACGCACAGAGACUCACAAGCGCAUCUGUCUAUAUACAUGUCUGUGUAUGUUGAUGUAGAUUUAUUGUUUUAGCAAAGAAUAUCUGCUGUAGCUAAUUCAAACAGCUUCUUUUUUUAUAUUCAAGAGUGAUAUACAUACCUACAUAAUUAGAUAUAUACAUACAUGUGUAUAUGUGUAUGUCUAUAUACACACAAUGAUACAUGCAUACAUACAUAUAUAUAUGAAUUUUUAAAUCCAUCUCUUUCAUAGUUUUUAUCUCCUUCAUAUCUGAAGAAUAUGAAAUGAUGACAAGGAACUUUUAGUUCUGACUUCAAGAACUUUCUCUUUCAUUCUAAGAAGUAUACUUGUGUGUAUGAAUAAUUUUCCUCUGUGUGUGUGUGUGUGCAUCUAUCUCUAUGUAUA